GGGUUGGGAGAGAAGGCAGGAGUCGCGGCGGUCGCUCGGUCGGUCGGUCGGUCUGCCUCUGCCUCGCCGGCUUUUGAAGGCUGAAGUUGCCCCGAAAAUGAUCAAAACUCACCACCGGACGCCGUCGAAAGGCCUGGAGACGGUGGAGGUGAAGAGCAAGUUUGGGGCUGAAUUUCGACGUUUCGCUCUGGAUCGAUCAAAACCUGGAAAAUUUGAAGAGUUUUAUGGAUUACUGCAACAUGUCCACAGGAUUCCAAAUGCGGAUGUUUUAGUGGGCUACGCUGAUAUUCAUGGGGACUUGUUGCCAAUAAAUAAUGAUGACAACUAUCUUAAGGCCAUCAAGACAGCCAACCCACUACUCAGGGUUUUUAUACAAAGAAAAGAGGAGGCUGACUACAGUGCCUUUGGGACAGACACUUUAACACGGAAGAAGAAUGUUUUGUCAAAUGUACUGCGCCCUGACUACAACCGGAAAAAACCUCCUAUUGCUAUCAGCUUGCCACGUGAUUUCCGCCCAGUGUCCUCCAUCAUUGAUGUGGAUAUUCUUCCAGAAACCCAUAGAAGAGUUCGGCUAUACAAGCACGGAUCGGAGAAACCACUCGGAUUCUACAUCCGUGAUGGUUCCAGUGUCCGAGUAACAUCUCAUGGGCUUGAGAAAGUACCUGGAAUUUUCAUCUCCAGACUGGUGCAGGGGGGAUUGGCAGAAAGCACAGGCCUCUUAGCUGUGAAUGAUGAAGUACUUGAAGUGAAUGGCAUUGAGGUGUCAGGAAAAAGCCUUGAUCAAGUGACCGAUAUGAUGAUUGCAAACAGCCACAAUCUUAUCAUCACUGUGAAGCCAGCAAAUCAAAGAAAUAACAUUGUGAGGAACAGUCGGACUUCUGGUAGUUCAGGUCAGUCUACUGACAGCGGUGCCAGCCAUCCAGCUUACAUGACGUCACCACACAUUGUGCAGAAUUACGAGGCAGAAGAGGAAGACAGUGAUGAAGACAGUGACAUUGUCAUUGAAGGGAGUGGUGAGCCUCAGCAGAUUCUGUUGUCGAUGUUUGCCAGUGCUAGCAUGUCAUCGUUAACAAAAAGUGACCAUCAUCAUGGUUUAACUCGAAAUGGUUCUGUUGCCAGUGGUGGAGAAAUUGUUGCCAGUGGUGGAGAAAUUGUGCAUGUAGUACCAGCUGUCACAGAAUUGGAUCCUGCACCAAAGGAAGCAAUGAAUAGGCCAAGCAUGGAGGAAGAUGGCACUGUUAUAACACUAUAGGCUUCUGGGUCUGCACUUACUGAAAUGUGCCAAUGAUAGCUGACAUUUUUUGAUUUUAUAGGAUUGCUCUGCUGUACAGUAGCUGUUUGCUAUGGUUUGGAAAUUACUCUGUAUGUGAAACAAGCAGCACCAUCUUUUAACUUUUGCACGUCUGCAAU